CGCACACACACACACACACGGGUUUGCAGGCGCGACACCGCCGCACUUCAGUCUGUUCCGUUGUGCGCGCGAGCGACUUCAGCUUGAAGUUCCAGGCGGCACCAGAUAUAAUGUGACGGUGUGGAGUUUAAACCGAGCGGAUUAACACUGAGACUAAAGCGCAGAAAUCACUAACAGCAGGUUGUUUGUUUAUUAUUAGACUUGUUGUUGUUACCGGAGCGACAUGAAGUUCGCGGAGCACCUUUCAGCUCACAUCACACCGGAAUGGAGGAAGCAGUACAUACAGUACGAGGCCUUCAAAGAGAUGCUGUAUGCAGCACAGGAUCAGGCUCCGUCUAUAGAAGUGACAGACGACGACACAGUUAAGAGAUACUAUGCUAAAUUUGAGGAGAAGUUCUUUCAAACAUGCGAGAAGGAGCUGUCCAAGAUCAACACCUUCUACUCAGAGAAGCUAGCAGAGGCUCAGCGACGUUUCUCCACGCUGCAGAAUGAGCUGCAGACGUCUGUGGAUGCUCAGCGGGAAAGCAUCAUGGGAAAGAGCAGGAAGACGGGUCUGGCUCUGAGCAACGAGGAGAGGAACAAACAAGGCAACAUCAAAGACCUGAAACUGGCCUUCAGCGAGUUCUACCUCAGCCUCAUCCUCCUGCAGAACUACCAGAACCUCAACUUCACUGGCUUCCGUAAGAUCCUGAAGAAACACGAUAAGAUCCUGGAGACCCAGCGUGGAGCCGACUGGCGUGUCUCGCACGUGGAGGUCGCGCCCUUUUACACAUGCAAAAAGAUCACACAGCUUAUCUCUGAGACAGAGACUCUGGUGACUACAGAGCUGGAGGGUGGAGACCGGCAGAAAGCCAUGAAGAGACUGAGAGUCCCACCACUGGGGGCAGCUCAGCCUGCUCCCGCAUGGACUACAUUCAGAGUCGGCCUGUUUUGCGGAAUCUUCGUUGUCCUCACCGUCACCUUCAUCCUCAGGGGUGCGUUUUAUUUUAGCGAUAAGAACGUGUGGCCGAUGGUGAGGAUGUACCGCGGCAGCUUCCUGCUCAUCCAGUUCCUCUUCCUGUUGGGCAUCAACACGUACGGCUGGAGACAGGCUGGAGUCAAUCAUGUGCUCAUAUUCGAACUGAACCCACGCAACAACCUGUCUCACCAACACCUGUUUGAGAUCGCAGGUUUCCUGGGUGGGUUAUGGUGUGUCAGUAUCCUGUUGUGUCUGUACGCCGACUCCACUGGACUGCCGAUGCAGGCGAGUCCUCUCAUCCUGUACGGUCUCAUGUUCCUCUUCCUCAUCAAUCCCUUCAAAACCUUCUACUACAAAUCCCGCUUUUGGCUCCUCAAAUUGCUGUUCCGCGUGUUCACGGCUCCGUUCCACCGCGUGGAGUUUGCUGAUUUCUGGCUGGCUGAUCAGCUGAACUCUCUGGUGAUCGUGCUGAUGGAUCUGGAGUAUCUGGUGUGUUUCUACAGUGUGGAGCUGCAGUGGGGGAAUGUGGAUGGCCUGAUGCCCAAUUAUUCAGAUGAUAAGAAAUGCAACAAUUACUCGUACGGGCUGCGUGCCAUCAUCCAGUGUCUGCCUGCCUGGUUCCGAUUUGUCCAGUGUCUCCGCCGUUACCGUGACACCAAACGAGCUUUUCCUCACCUGGUGAAUGCUGGGAAAUAUUCCACAACCUUCUUUGUGGUGGCGUUCGCUGCCCUGUACAACACACACAAAGAUCAGGAUGAUGCAGAUUCCGAGGCAUUCCUUUACCUGCUCAUCGUCUUCUCCACCAUCAGCUCUCUCUACACACUGAUCUGGGAUCUGAAGAUGGACUGGGGUUUGUUUGACCGCAACGCCGGUGAGAACACCUUCCUCCGGGAGGAGAUCGUUUAUCCACAGAAGGCGUAUUAUUACUGCGCCAUUGUGGAGGACGUGAUCCUGCGUUUCUCCUGGACUCUUCAGAUCGCUCUGACCAACUUCACACACGUCUCCUCUGCCGAUGUUGUGGCCACCGCUCUCGCCCCACUGGAGGUGUUCAGGCGUUUUGUGUGGAACUUUUUCCGUCUGGAGAACGAGCACCUGAAUAACUGCGGCGAGUUCCGGGCGGUGAGAGACAUCUCCGUGGCUCCACUGAACGCCGACGAUCAGACGCUGCUGGAGCAGAUGAUGGACCACGAGGAUGGGGUCAAACACCGGCAGGGGAAGAAGCCCUGGAGGCGGAGCUACAGCCUCACACUGCGUCGCCCACUGCUGCACUCCCAGUCCAAGAAGGACACCAAGGUGCUGAUUGACGACACGGACGACGAAGCCUUCAGCUGAACAACACAAAGACGUUCCACCACCGAAGACACACACAGAUAUACACAAGCAUGCACACACACACACACACACACACACACACGCACACACACAGGGUACUGUUAUUUUUAAUUUGUUGUUAGUUUUUAUAUUAGUUUAGUUUUUUUUAAGAAUUUAUUAAUGACAUGAUUGUUUACAAACGUAAUAAUAAGCACUACAAAUCUACAGGAA